GAUGAAAAGAACAAAGAUCAUUGGAAGAUGCAAGCACAGUUUGCAUUACAAGCGAAGAUCUCAACGUUUCUAAACACCAAUGUCGCUAAAAAUGUAAUCCUUUUCCUUGGAGAUGGCAUGAGCAUCGCUACCCUGGCCGCGACCAGGGUCUACCUUGGCAGAAAGUAUGGGCACCUGGGUGAAGAAGUUAAAUUGAGCUUCGAGACCUUUCCCUUCACUGGAUUAGCUAAGACAUACUGCGUAGACAGUAACGUAGCAGACUCAGCGUGUAGCGGUACAGCUUAUCUCUCGGGAGUCAAGGCCAAUAGUGGGACAGUGGGACUCAGUGCUGUCGUAAAACGUGGUGAUUGCGAGGGGCAAAGAAAUUCAUCCAACUCAGUCACUGGUUUGAUGAGUUGGGCUCAACGAGCUGGCAAAUCUACAGGCAUAGUAACAACAACGCGAGUUACUCACGCAACUCCGGCUGCGGCCUACGCUCAUUCGGCUGAUAGGAAAUGGGAAGCGGACGCAGACAUGCCAAGACAUGGCCUUCGUUGCGAGGACAUAGCGAGUCAACUUGUCAGGGGAAGGGUGGGCAGUAGCAUUGACGUAAUAUUUGGCGGCGGAAGAAAAAACUUUUACCCCUCAACAGAAAUAGAUCCACAUGGUCAUUAUGGAAUUAGAACCGAUGGCAGAAACCUCAUAAGGGAAUGGCUUCUUAAAAAAGAAAGCUUCGGAUUCAGGCCGAAAUAUAUAUACAAUAAACAAGAUCUAGAAAAAUUAAAUACUGAAUAUGAUAGUAUACUAGGUUUAUUCUCAUUUGACCACAUGCCUUAUCAUCUUGAAGCUGAGGAAGAUGAUCCCACAUUAAGCGAAAUGACAGAGAAAGCUAUUGAGCUAUUGUCGCAAAACAGGAAAGGGUAUUUCUUAUUUAUUGAAGGAGGAAGAAUAGACACAGCUCAUCAUGAGACAAAAGCUCGCAAGGCCUUAGACGAAACGGCAGAAUUAGCGAAGGCUGUAGAAAUUGCUUUAAGAAUGGUGAAUCUUGAAGAUACCCUAGUAGUGGUGACGUCAGAUCACAGUCACACCAUGACAUACAGUGGUUAUAGCAAAAGGGGUGCUGAUAUAUUGGGACUUGCAAGUCCUAAGUUUAAUACGUCAGACAACUUACCGUACAGCACUCUCAGUUACGCGAACGGUCCCGGCUAUAAGCCUAAUCAUGGAUUUAGAAGACAUAAUCUGAUUCUGGAUGAUAUGAAUGAUCUAAACUACACAUAUCCAUCACUCGCUCCGCUAGCUCGAGAGACCCAUGGAGGCGAGGAUGUAGCGGUUUUCGCCAAGGGUCCCUGGUCUCAUCUCUUUACUGGAAAUUAUGAACAAAAUUUCAUACCUCACGCUAUUGCGUACGCCAGUUGUAUAGGUCCUGGACUCACUAAGUGUAAAUCGUGAUAGAUUUAAGUGUUUGUAUUAGACUUAAUACUAUGUUUAAGGUAUUAAAUUAUUAUGAGAUUA